CUGUCAAUGCAAUCGUCAAUGCGCUCGGAUACACAGUGCGGAAGGAGGUUGUACGGAUGUCGGAAACCAAGAAGUCAUCCGGGGUUGACAAGCGGAUGUCCAAUGGCUAACAGAUAUAAAUGCGCUGCGUAUCUCCCAACAAGCUUCAACACUUCAAGCUUUGCGCACUUUGGCACUGGCUGCCAGUCACCACUCAUUCGACUUCGACACUUACGCCAUGCCUCAUCAUCUGCACACGCCGCUUCCCGACCUCUCUAUGAAGUUGAUCGACAACGGUCGACUUCAACUCCUCGAAGUCCUAGGCGCAGGCGCCUUUGGAACAGUGUACCGCGCUCACGACCGCGAUUGCCACGGGUCGCCCACAUUCCGUGCGGUCAAAGUGAUGCCGAAGGUCACUGACCGCACGUCCGAGCGCGGCAAACUCCUGGAGCGCGAAUGUACUCAUCACAAGUACGUCUCCGGACAUCCGAACAUCGUCAAGCUCCACCGCAUCGCCCACGACUCGAAAUUCGUCUACGUCGUUCUCGACUAUGUUUCGGGAGGCGAUCUUCUGGGCCUCAUCCUCAAUCACCGCCUGGCGCGGAAUGACGAGCUCAUCAAGUCGAUCCUCGUCCAACUGGUUGACUCGGUGUAUGCAUGCCACCAAAACAACAUAUACCAUCGCGACAUGAAGCCGGAGAAUAUCCUCGUUAACGAGGAUAUGAGCAGCAUUUUCCUGAGCGACUUUGGUCUGUCGACGAAGAGCUCGGGCAAGAGUUAUAUGUUCCGUGUGGGCACUUCAAACUAUAUGAGCCCAGAAUGCUACAACGCCAAUGAACUCUGGGACGACUAUGACCUUCGGCGCAACGACAUAUGGGCUAUUGGCAUGAUCGGCAUCUGCAUCAUUGCCGGCCGGUGUCCUUGGAGACGCGCAUCCACCAAGGACGAGAACUUCUGCGCCUACGUCGAAGACCAGCGCUAUCUCCGUGCUGUACUCCCGAUAUCAAAGGAGGCAGACGAGAUAUUCAGGCGCAUCUUCACCAUACGAGAGGAAGAUUGCAUCGACCUCCUCGAACUGCGUCAACUCCUCAUCGACGUCGACACGUUCUACAUGAGCGAGGCGGAAUUCGAGCACGCACAACCAUCCGCCAAAGCGAUCUACGACACGUACGAACCAUGCGCGCACCCCGAGGACAAUACGACGCUCGUCGAAGAUUCCUCUUCCUCCGUCUACCUCUCGACAUCUGGAGAAACGUCAGAGUCCGGAUUCUCUGGGGAGCGUGCGCCCAGCACUUUCCCCUGUCCUGCUUUGGACAUCGCCAUUGGUUCAUGCAGCAAAUUCGUAAACGAGUCGGAGUUGCCAACGAUUCCCGAAGAAGACAGCCCUCCCCCUCCUCCCCUCGACGCACCCUCCAUUCCCGACCGCGCCUUCACCCUCGGCUCGUCGGGGACCUGCUCGACAUGCGAGGACCCCGAUUCCGACUCAUCUUCUGAAGAAGAAAGCGACGGGCCUAUCACUCCCGAGACGUACGCGCAGGACCCGGACGUCGCCGUUCCAGAGCUUUCUGAAGGAGCGGGGUUGGGUGUACAGGCGGUCAAAUUCAACAUCGAACCGUUCGAGAAGACUCGACGGAGUCUCACAGGACCACAGUUCCGUGUCCUGAGUGGGCUGGUGGAGAGCGUCAGUCGUAUGCUCACAACGGUGUAGCGGGCGCUCGGACAUUGCUAUCCACGCAUCAUCAUACCCGUAGCGUAGUUUGUACUUCACGCAAUAUCAAAAACUAUUCAUAAAUGUGUCGAUGCCCCAG